AUGUUGCGUUCUCUGACCGCUUCUAGCUCAGCCGCCCGCCUUGCCCCUCGUGGUGGCGUUGCGGCUCGCGUCCCAGCUUCCACUGCCUCUUUCGCCACUUCUGCUUCGCGUCUUCAGGCCGCACCCGCCCCCGCCCCACCAAAGAUGGUCAAGCUCACCAUCAACGGCAAGGAGGUUGAGGUCGAGCAGGGCACUGCCCUCAUUCAGGCUUGCGAGAAGGCGGGUGCUCAGAUUCCUCGAUUCUGCUACCACGAGCGUCUCAUGGUCGCUGGUAACUGUCGAAUGUGCCUUGUCGAGUCCAAGGGUGCUCCCAAGCCCUUGGCCUCUUGCGCCUUCCCAGCUAUGCCCGGUCAGCAGAUCUUCACCGAUACUCCCCUCGUUGCCAAGGCUCGUGAGGGUGUGAUGGAGUUCCUCCUCGCCAACCAUCCCUUGGAUUGCCCAGUUUGCGAUUGGGGUGGAGAGUGUGACUUGCAGGACCAGUCGAUGCGCUACGGUUCCGAUCGAUCGCGCUUCCACGAGAUCAAGGGCAAGCGUGCCGUCGAGGACAAGAACCUUGGCCCUCUUGUCAAGACCGUCAUGAACCGUUGCAUUCAGUGCACACGUUGUGUUCGUUACGCCAACGACGUCGCCGGUGUUCAGGACAUGGGUACCACCGGCCGUGGUAACGACCUUCAGAUCGGCACCUACAUUGAGAAGACCAUGAACUCGGAGAUGUCCGGUAACAUCAUCGAUCUUUGCCCCGUCGGUGCUCUUACCUCGAAGCCUUACGCCUUCCACGCUCGUCCUUGGGAGCUCAAGAAGACCGAGUCGGUCGAUGUUCUUGACGCCGUUGGAUCCAACAUUCGUGUCGACUCGCGAGGUGUCCAGGUCAUGCGCAUUCUUCCCCGCACCAACGACGACGUAAACGAGGAGUGGAUCAACGACAAGACCCGAUUCGCCAACGAUGGUCUCAAGUACCAGCGACUCACCACCCCUCUCAUCAAGCAGGGCGACCGCUUCGUGCCCGCCUCGUGGCCUGAAGCGCUCGCCACCAUUGCUGAGGGUCUCGCUUCGUCCGGUGCCAAGGGUGACGAGAUCAAGGCUGUUGCUGGCGCGCUCGCUGAUGUCGAGUCGAUGGUCGUUCUCAAGGACCUCAUCAACAAGCUCGGCUCGGACAACCUUGCCACCGACCAGAUCAACGGCGACCAGGCUCCCAUUCACGGUGCUGACUUCCGAUCCAACUACACCUUCAACACCACCAUCCCCGGUAUCGAGGAGGCUGACGUCUUGCUUCUUGUUGGCACCAACCCCCGUCACGAGGCUGCCAUCGUCAACACCCGUAUCCGCAAGGCUUACCUCCACCGUGAGCUCGACAUCGGUCUCAUCGGCGAGAAGGUCGACUUGACCUACGAGUACGACCACGUCGGCACUGAUGCUAAGGCCGUGCAGGAGCUCCUCUCGGGCAAGGGUGCCUUUGCCAAGAAAUUCAAGGAAGCCAAGAAGCCCAUGAUCGUCGUCGGUAGCGCUGUUGCUGAGCACCCUGAUGGCAAGGCCAUCCUCGGUAAUCUUGCUGAGCUUGUCAAGGCCAACAAGGGCAAGUUGCUCAAUGGUGAGUGGAACGGCUACAACGUUUUGCAGCGCCAGGCAUCGCGCACUGGUGCUCUCGACAUUGGCUUCACUCCUUCGCCUGCUGCCGCCAAGACGACACCCAAGUUCAUCUACCUGCUUAACGCCGAUGACAUCACACCAGAGAACAUUCCUCGUGACGCCUUUGUCGUCUACCAGGGUCACCACGGUGAUGUCGGUGCGCAGUUCGCCGAUGUUUGCUUGCCUGGUUCGGCCUACACGGAGAAGGCCACCACCUACGUCAAUACUGAGGGCCGAACACAGUUGACACGAGCGGCAGUGCCACCUCCUGGCGCGGCACGAGAGGACUGGAAGAUUGUUCGUGCGCUUUCCGAAGUGAUGGGAGCGACGGUGCCAUACAACGACAUCUUGGACGUACGAGACCGCAUGUUCGAGAUUUCGCCCACAUUGGUGCGAUACGAAGUUGCCGAGCCAUCGACCACCUCUGCGCCAUUGGCAGUGGAGGAGCUCUCGAAGCUUGCCAAGUCAAAGGUUUCAGGUACUCCUCUGUUGAGACCAAUCCAGAACUUCUACCAGACCGACCCCAUCUCUCGCGCAUCGCCAACCAUGGCCAAGUGCACCGCUGCAUUCGUCGAGGGAUUGCCAAUGGACAAGGUUGAUGGCAAGGCGACACUAGCCGCUUUCAACUAA